UGCCCAACCAACACUAACCCAACUGUCUUUUGUAUGCAAGUGUCACAUCAAAAAGUGUAAAAAAAGUUGUUUUGACAAAAGUGUUCAAACAAAAUUAGGUGAAAAUGGCUGCAGAAAUUAAACCGGCUACACAGACCAACGAUAGAUUCUGCACAACGAAAAAGCCCGUUCUACUUUCGAAACUCGAAGGCUGCAGCGACGAAAUUAAUGCAGCCGCCCUUAUUCCCGGAGAAGAUGGUGUUAUCAGUGUUUCAGAUGAUAAAACUGUUCGAGUCUGGUUAAAAAGAGACUCUGGUCAAUACUGGCCCAGUAUAUGCCAGUGCAUGCCCAGUGGAGCCACAUCUGUAUAUUACACUGUAGAAACCCGCCAGUUGUUCAUAGGCCAAGAAAAUGGAACCGUAUCAGAAUUUUCUUUAGCGUCAGACUUCAAUCGGAUGAUGCCGGUACGCGAAUAUUUGGCCCAUCAAGCAAGAGUUACGGAUAUUAUCUUUGCCAUCACCUGUGAAUGGAUCCUGAGCGUGGGCAGAGACAAAGUCUUCUCGUAUAAUUGUACCCAAACUGGGCGGAACAUUGGAGUGUUUAAUGCUGAGUCCUGGUGCACUUCGUUACAAUUUGACGCACAAUCGAAACAUGCGUUCGUGGGCGAUUAUUCUGGUCAGAUUACCAUGCUUAAGUUGGAUAACAAUGGUCCUAGUGUAAUUACUACGCUAAAAGGGCACAGCGGUUCGAUCAGGUCUCUAACGUGGGAUGUUGCCAGGCAAAUGCUCUUCAGUGGCUCUUUUGAUCACAAUAUUAUCGUAUGGGAUAUUGGAGGACAACAGGGUAAUGCCUACGAGCUUGGAGGCCACCACAGUAAGGUUUCAGCCUUGCACUACUCUGACUCGACGAAGCAACUGAUUAGUGCUGGCGAGGAUGCAGUUAUAGUCUUUUGGGAUAUGAUUCAUCCACGUCAAGAAACCCCUGUUUGGGGAGAGUCAGAUUUAUGUCAGCUUUGCAACAAACCCUUCUUCUGGAAUAUACGAGCAAUGAUGGAUCAAAGACAACUGGGCAUAAGACAACAUCAUUGUCGUUAUUGUGGAAAGGCCAUAUGCGAAAAAUGCUCCCAGGGUAGACUGUCGAUUCCAUCAAUGGGCUUUGAGUUUGCUGUACGUGUGUGUGAUCCCUGCCACAAUGCUCUCAAAGACAAAGAGAGACCAUCGCUGGCAACUUUUCACGAUGCUAAACACUGUAUAUUAUCAAUGGAUGUGGAUGAAACCUCAAAGAAAUUGGUGACUGUUGGCCAAGAUAGAGUUAUUAAAAUCUGGGAUAUUUCAGCCCUGCUAUAAGUACGAAAUUAAUAUAAAUGUGAUUUAUAAAUUAAUUGUCAAAUAAGUUUUUUUUACAUUAAUGUAUUUAUGUUAUGAAUAGGUUGCGUAUCGCCUGUGAAUGUAUAGUUUUUAAAAAACAUUUUAUUGUUAUCCAUUGUGCAGAAUCUAGGCGAAAAGCACGAAACUUUAUUUAUCUUUAGUUUAAUCGCAAUUUAAGAACUAGUUUUUUAGAUACCAUAUUGAAAUCCAUUAUCUAUAACAUGUUAAAGCAAUUUGAAAUUGUGUUUCCUUGUUGAAAUAUAUUUCGAUUGAAUUUUUUUCAGUCUA